UAGUUCCCAGAAUCAGCAUGUUUAUCAUGAGGUCAAGCAGCUGAAUCGCACCAUUGUCUAAGCGCUUCGGAUUUCAGUCCGUUCGCUUGCCUCUUUCUAAUUCUGUACACGCGUACUAUCCAAAAGCAAUGCCGGAGCGCUUCUUCCCCGAGCGCCGCGACUUCCUACUAGGAAUCGUGAUGCUGUCCUGUGCUUUGCUCACUCUCUCAGCUAUAACAUUUGCAUUGUACACUACACAAGAGUUAACAGACAUCAAGACAAGACUGUACGAACUUGAGGGCAGUCAAACAGCCGCUAAAGAACCGGGGAAUAAAACGGAGGAAUCGAAACAUGCGAAGAGAAGCCUCAAUCAGAAUCUAUCCAGUCGUGUGAGAUCUCUUCCGGGGGGCGUGGCAAUACAUGUGGUCGGCGACAACACCUUGAAAACCAUGCCACAGCCGCACAGACAUGUGGAUUAUCGUCAGGUCAUGGGUUGGAGGGUAAUGCGCUCAACUGGCAGUAUUCACUUUGACGCAAAUUGGGGCUACAUCACCGUCUACACUCCCGGCUAUUACUUCAUAUACAGCCAGAUAAACUACGCCAGCGGCGGACUGACAAGCCACGUGACAUUGGUCAAUAGUAAAACAGUACUACGAAGUAUUACGAGCUCCAGCAAGCGGAACAAGCCGCAGACUAAUUACCAGGGAGGCGUGUUUUUACUCAGCGACGGCGACAGGAUCAGUAUUCGCAUACCCUUCGUACAUAAAAGAUUUAACAUGAACGCCGCCGCAAGCUAUUUCGGCGCAUUCCUUGUCGCCGCUAAUAGGCAGAAAUACACACUAGACGCGAUGGAAAAGGCUUCUAAGCGAGUUGCCUUGCCUUGUUGGGUAGUGGUGUUUGUGUUUGGCCUAAUGCUAGCAUCAUUUGCGCUAUCUAUCAUGGCGACCUGGCAAGUUGUCAAUUUGAGAGCAGAAGCUUCUCGGUUGAGUAAUGGACUAGCGCGACUCAAUAGCGACGAGGAAGACAUUGCCGUUGAACGGGAAAGACUCAAACGAGAGCUGGUAGAAGUCAGACGACUUGAGCGAACCCUGAAUCAACUGGUAAUCAAGGCGAAAGAAGCCGAGGGUAGGGUCCCACGGGCAGCUAAGCAGUGUCGUUGUAGGAGAGGAAGAAGAGGGCCCAGGGGUCCACAGGGACCAAGAGGAAAAAGAGGUGCAAAAGGGGAGAGAGGAGAGCCUUGUAAACACCAACAAAAUGAUGCCAUUUUAAGAGAAUUUAGUUCCCAAACAAAUAUGUCCCCAUCUCUGGCACACAUUGAAGGUUAUGGCGAAGAGAUAAAACCCAAAUCAGGUAGUAAAAAAUUUCAUCACAUCACAAACUGGAAAACAAGUCUUAUCACAGGAAAAAUGAGAUUUAUUCGUGAAGGCGUCUUGCUGGUUGGCACCUCUGGGUACUAUUGGGUUUACUCACAGAUGUACUACUAUGAUAGUAUGACAAGAUACAUGAGCCAUGAUGUGUACAUCAAUGAAGAAUCAAAGCUAAGGAGUAUAAGUGCUGUACCGAAAGGCCCCUUUCGCAAGUUUAACACUAAUUUUAAUGGUGGGGUGUUUUUCCUUGAAGCUGGUGACAGAAUAAGUAUCAGAGUUCCCUUUAGUAGAUAUCUGUUUAUGUACAGCAACACAAGCUACUUUGGCGCUAUUCUUUUAUUUCCUGCUACAUCGGCAACCACAACUACUAGUAACAGACCUAUCAGGCCUACACAAUCAAGACAGAAAUAGGAGGGUUCCAUGAUAUCAGUAGUUCAUAUCAGUUUCAACCAUCCCACCUCUCAUAUCUAAGCCCCUCCCUCAUUUUGGCCUUGCUUGAUAUAUAACAAGUUAUAACUCAAGUAGUUUUAUGUUAAAGUAUGUAGAUAUGGUUGGGUAUAUGGUGCAUGCACAUCGGACAAUUAUUAUUCACAAAUUGCCAUAUGGAGCAAAUAUGGGUCUACUCACCAAUCACAGAUAACCCCUCCCCCUGUUUUCACAAAGUAUAUGGGCAGAUUUAGGUUGGGCCGAGCAGGCGCUGGCCUCUCUAUUUUCAAAGAUAUGAGGUAUAAGGAUACCCCCCUCAUUUCAAAAUCUGUGCUUCAGCCUCUACUUUAUUGGAAAUCCUGGGUUCGCCCCCUGAAGUAUCUAUGCCUGGUGCAAUAUAUAAGGUUACAUGAAUUUGUUGAGACGUUUAGAAGAGCAAUGAGUAUACAUUGAAGAGAUGCACACCCUACUUGAAUAAACAGCAAAAGCGAACAAUUUUCACGAAUGCAAUAUCAGUGUUUUGUGGAUUAUUUCUAUAGUUUAUAUAUAAGGUUCACUUGUAGGUGAGAACAGAAGUACGUAUGGGCGAAAAAAGAAUAAUAAAGAAGUCAGAAAAAGGUUAUACAUUAAAGACGAAUAUAUGUGUAUACUGUAUAUAGCUGGUAAGUCGCUGGUUCAAUGAAACAAUAGCAAUGUUUUUGUAUACAUAGGAAAAUGCUAUAGAAAUCCUGUUUGUAAAACACCUUAUAAGAUAACUCACAACACAAGUUAUAUUCCAAUAAACUGCUUGUAAAGCACAUUGACAAAAAUACCCAAUAUUAACUUAAUAAAAAAGCACGAAUAACAAGCCAUGUUAAACAUAGCAUAGAAUGAAUUAAAGUAUCGCUUGGUUCACGGUUUAA